GGGUGUUCACCCACAUCACACAGAUCAGUUGUCGCCAGAGUCAGACAGAAAUCCCAGCUGCUCCAACCAUGGAAGAUCGAGGUGAUGCGGAGCAAAUCUUUGUGCAUGCCGCGUUCUUGGAUGGUGCAAGCAUUUUGGACGGUUUGUGCCCUUCGGCAUUGGCGCGGCUGGCUUUGUCGAACAAGGAGUUGCGAAAGAGCUUGAUGCAAGAAAGGCCCAGGCUUUGGUUCGAUGCCGUCUCGAGCUCGUUGCCGGGCUUCGAGUUAAGCGAAUCGCUCUUUACAAGGCCACACGAGUUUUUAGCCUUCCUAAGAGACUUCUCCAGAGCAACUGCUGUUCCAGGACUGGUCAUUCCUUUGGGAGAUGCAGACUCAGACGAAGAUGAUGAGUCGGACGAGUCGGACGAGGAGCUCGACGAGCUGCCCCGGACCUGCAGUGACAAGGUGCUGCGUUUGACCAGGUUGGAAGAUGCACAGAAGCUUCAGGAGCGCUUGCGGAUCGCCUUCCAGAUCGCCGAGGAGCACGUGGCGACCGGGGGCACCUAUGCUCAGGUCUUUUUGGCACCUUUAGUGCUUCCGGAGCUCUCGAACAAGGUACGCUUUUGGAUGGAUUCAGAGGAGGGCUUUCACCCAGACCUGGUGUUCGGCCAGCCGAUCGUGUUGCCGGGAGAUCAGGCUCCGCAGCAACCGGCCGAUGCGAAAGGCGGUCGUCUUCAAGCGGCCAGCGAGGCCAAGGAAACCAAGGUCGCACGCCCAGCUUUGUGCCUCUACUUCGCGCGUUUACAACACCAACUGCUGAUGGCAGCGCGCGAUGAUGGAGCACCGCCGGUGAUGAUUCCGCUGAGUGUCCCUUAUAGCGACGCGCGAAGGCCGACGCAGGGGAGCAUGAAGAUCACAGUGGACGUCUCCGUGGCGGACAUGAAGCAUCAACUGUUCCAUUUCCGAGGUAUCACCCUGACAGUGAACGGCCCAUGGGCGGAUUGUUGUGGACUCUAUGCCCCACCGAUGGGCAGAGAUCUUUUCGCCCCCAGCGACGGCGGAAAGGCGGCCCUCAGUAUCGUUUGCUUGCGCGAUGAUGGAGUCUACAGGCCGUGCGACGUCCCCCGGGCACAAAGCGACACCUUUGCAGUUGCAAAGCUUCCGGAUGCUUUGCAUUUGGACUGCUUGCGAGGAAGGCCAAUCGUGGAGGUGCGGCGUUGAGUUUUCCAUCCUUUCUGCGGCGGAACACGGCCACCGCUGUGUUGUUUCCGCCACUGUAAUGGCGCCCAAAAAGUGGGCCACCGCUGGGUCGGCCAGUCUGCGGGCCCCGCAGUGUGUUUUUUUCUUCUUUUGAGGGCUCCGGGCUCCGGGCUCUAGAAAUGAUGAAGGAGAGAAGGAGGAUCGUUGGAGCCACCAUAAGGUGGCACAGCGC